GCUCGAACGGCAUCAACAGGACACCGGUAGUUAUGUAAAUCUAGGCCUACCAUCCAGUCCUUCGAAGUCCCCUCCAGGUAUAAGUACCUGGAUCUCCCUCGCUUGAAUUUGGAGAGAUAUCACAACAUAUUCAGCCGAGAUCACAACAUCCUUCUAGCGAUAUAUACCGGUAGCCUUUCUCCAAGCCAACAUCAUGCAGUUCUCAGCGGCCGUUCUCUUGCUUCUCGGCAAUGCCGCCCUCGGCCUCGCCAUGCCCGCUCCGGCUAGCAAUGCUGCUGAGGCCUUGGAAAAGCGCUGCAUCGCCACCGGCGACGACUGCACCGAGCGCUACACCGAAUGCUGCUCUAGCAUGUGCUCAAUCUCCCAUGAUGGAACCGGUGUCUGCUUCUAAGCGAUGAGUCUAAGCCCUGACCGUCGAUUUGCGAACCUGACGAGAGGAGGAAUUCAAGGGUCUCGAAGGAGGCACUUGUAUAUUCGCCGCAACGAACCAAAACUUUGACCAUAUGGCUGCCCGGAGAAGCAGGGUAUUCUGUAACUAGUUAUCUGCCUUAAAAUGGAAGUUAUUGUUGGAAACUCCCUAUACUUGACAGGGAUGAUAUUUCAUAUUCUCAACUCUUGAUUUGUGCUACGCGUGCUCCCUGUGUCUAUACAUUAUGUGUAAAGUUCAAGUGCUCCGUUGAGCUCUUAA